ACUGUGGGAUAGCUGACCACAGUGCACCACUUCCAAUGUCGACGCUUUCCCCGUUAGUGUGGACUCACAAAGUCGAAUUACUGUCCUUAGUGUGGACACACACGUUCGACUUUGCAAUAUCGAUUCCAAAAAUUCGAUUUAAGUAAAAUCGAACUACUCUCGUAGUGUAGACAAGGCCUAAGGCAGCAUAUGUAGCACUGAUGACCUUCCACAAAACCAUGCGGUGUGGACAUGAUACAUAUAUUUUAAAAGCCCAACGCGAACAAUUCAUUUAGCCACUGCACUGCACUGUCCAUAGGCCGGCCCCUCAGCUGCUAUGAAUCUGCUCAGCUGCGCUGUAGAGAGUGGAGUUGUGCCCUUUUACACCCACUGCAGAUCUGACCUCCGUAUGUAUUUCUUGCCUUGUGUACCCUUGCAACUAAUAAAAAUGUCUCUUUAUAAGAAAUGCGCUUUAUUUCUGUUUCUUGUCCUUUGUUUUAGCUUAAAACCAAUACAACGCUGUGGCAUAAAUGUUUGUGAAUGGGAUUUUUCAAAAGGUGAGCCCCAAAUAAACCAUUUUUACAGCAUUGAAGAGUUGCUUGCGGAGACGGGCGGAAUAAACUCCCUAGUUCUUCAAAAGAACUUAUCGCCCUUGGAAAUAUGGCCCUCUUUCAUCUUCCUUUGAAGCAGCUGCAACUGGCCACUGUUGGGUAUUGGAACCUGGACAACCUGUGGUCUGGCCGUGCCUCUGUUCAUGUGUGUGGCUCGGGAGAAGCCUUCUUGUAAUAUAAUGCACGGAAAGCAAUUUUCUAAACACUAUUAAAAACAGGCCUUUACUUUUAUAAAGAGCCAGGAUUCACCUGCAAACAGCCUCUGAAUCAGAAAAAGAACAGCCUCUGGAAGCAGCAUCCUCAUAGCUAAUCAUUUUUGAUUAGCAGGGUGGGAGCUGAGAGUGGUUGGAGCAGAGGACAGGGGACCAGGAAUCUCCUUUGGUUCCGUUUCCAGCUUCACUCGUAAUUGAUUAUUACUUGCCGAGUGCUGGUGACCUGCCCGGCCCUGACUCUGCUACCGGACCUUGGGUGAGUCUUUUCACCUCUCAAAGCCGUGGUCUUGUUGUCUGCAAAGUGGGGAGAGCACGAGUGGGGUUGCCGCCUUCGGGGAUUCCUGCUUCCAAAGCAAUUUUGCUAAGAAAGGCAAAGCAUUAUCCUUCUGCUCUCACACAUUGCACAAUGGCUCAAAGCCCAGAUAAGGCCAAGCCCUUGUCUCUAUGAAGUCCAUGGCAAAACUCCCAUGGAGCUCCAUGGGCGCUGGCUAUAAUUCUGAGCUAACAUGUCAGGUCCAUUUUAUUUUUCUGUGACUCUAGGCUUUUUUUAUUUAAACCUCUCUGAAGAAGGGCCGCUGAGCUUAUUGGCGAAAGGGAGGCACGCCCAGCAGGUGUCCGCAUCCCCGGUGCAUCAGCAAAGGCAGCGAGAGCUUUCAGACUGCGCUGCAAUGGAAUAGCUAGAGAGAGUUUAUGGGCUUCUCUACCGUCAGGUAAGAGGCAUGGAGAGAGCUCGCUUGGGCGAGAGGAAAUACCCUGGGUGGGCGGGUGCAGUAUGAUUUAAUGGAGCCUACAUGCAGGAUGAUAAACUUCACUGUUCUGCAAGCUGGCAUAGCGUCUACACUCAGGAGGCAAGUGCUGGGCAUGGGGUGUGAAUGUGUAACAGAGACAUUCACGCAAUGGGAGACACGGUAUUACUGCUUACAACGUUUCCUGUUGCUAAGGCACUUUGACAGUGCUCAGUUACAUUCCAGUGGUAAUUUGUGACUGAGGUUCUGAUCGAUUCGGGAAUUUAUUAAUGUGUUACACAUGCACUAGACAUUCAGGUAUCAAAGCGAAGUGCAUGGCAUAAGAACCUAUGUGGAUAGAUCAGUAGCUCCAGAUAUUGUGACUAUGAUAGAUAGUAUUGUCGACUUGCUAGAGGAUACACUGUAUAUUCCGGUGAUUUCAUGGAGGUGAGCUUUGUUGUUUAUUUACUAUGGAAAGCUAUAAUAAAAUUACUGGUAGUAUUUAAUAUUGAUAGUGUAGAAAGGUCCCCAGCCCCAAUUGGGACCAGGGCCCCAUGUUCUAGGGGCUGCACCAACACUCAUGAAGAUACAGUCCCUGCCCUGAAGAGCUCAGAAGCUAAGAAUGCUAGACAUUAUCACUAAGGGGCUAUUUUCAAAUUUUCAGAGCAAACUGCCAGUCUCCGCCAGUAGUGGCACCUGCUUUUUCAGUAACAUUGCAAAUGUUUGGAAUUGGAUGGACAGGAAUGUCCAAUGCAAACCAGAGACCCAAACCCAAGGGAAAUCCCUUGCCAAGUAAUCUUAUUGCAUUACCAGAGCGUGUAGGAGCCCAACCAAAAUCUGGUCCCUAUUGUGCUAAGCAUAAUACAGGUUCCAAAGAGCUUAUAGUCUACAAAGACAAGACAGCCUAAGGGUGGCAGGGGAAACAAGUACAGUGACGUCAAGUGACUUGCCAGAGGUCACACAGACAGUCAGUGACAGAGGGGAGAAUGGAAUGCAGGUCUCCUAGCCCUGUGCCCUAGCCCCUACGUCAUGCUGCCCCUCCCCCCAAUUGUUAUCGCAUAAUUUUCCCCCUUUUUUUUUUUUUUUUUUUACACACUGAAUACACAGAGGGCCAGAGUCUGCCCCCCUUAGCUGGAACAGCACCUUGACUUCAAUGGCCUGCUCAGAGUAAGGCACUACGAAAUAGUGUACACUUUAAGACUCUUCCAGCAAACUCUUCCUCCCCUGUGGAGUCUCUUGACCAAUCAGUGGCACUACCCAUCUGAGCAAGGCCUGCUCAGGUGAGUAAAGGUUGACAGAGUCAGGCCAACAACUGGAGAAGUAAGUGACCCAGUGGACUGAAGAAUCUAUGAACAGAGCCCCAUUAACAUAACAUCCCCAUCUCGUUAAUAAACAAAAAUUGAUAAAACAACAGCACUAAAUGGCAAACCCUGACCUGGUUUACUGCAGUAGUAUGUUGUGUUCUGCAGUGACUCGGGCUGCACUGUAAUUCCUGAGGAUCUCAGUCCGUACCUGAACGUUUUCUGGAAUGAAUAACCAACAAUAAUUCCACGGUAAGCGCACUCAUCAGUAACAUUAACAUUGAACGUGACAUUCAGUUUAUUAUUGGGUUUUCAUUGUUCUCUUGGGCCAAGAUUUUCCUAAACCACUAGUCAUUUAAGGAACGUCCAUUUUGGGGAGGGUGGAGGGGGUCUGACUUUAGGUGCCUUUAAAAGGCCAGAUUUUCACUUUUAUUUCUGAAAGUCGAGUCUCUUUAAGGUGUCUGACGUUGGAUCACCUGAACUCACUAAUCCCUUUGGAAACUCUGGGCCUUUGAAACACACACGGAGAGGAAAGGUACUUUUUGAAAACUUUGCAUCUCUUUAAGAGAAUUUGGAGGGGAGGGAAUUUCAUCCCUGUGGCCUCCUGGUGUGAAACUCACCUCCGAUUAAAUCCCUGGUAUGCAGCCGCUCUCACUCCCAGAGGCAAUGCUCCUGGUGGUUUAUGUUCUUUUCUUCAGACAUCUGCACCCAUUUUGCUCAGCAUGGCCUUGUGGAAGACAGUGUGGGUUGGGAGGGAACAACUGAUAAUAGCAGACCGUGUGAAAUGCAUGCUGGGAAAACAAGCACAGGCGUGUGGGCUAAGGGUGAAAUCCAGCCCGGUACAACGAGCCAGCAAAAGGACUUGCCACCACUCAAGUCCCAUGCUCUGUUGUCUUAAGCAAAGGUUAUAGGCAGAGGUCAGUGCACAUGAGGGCUUACGUGGGAUUUAAAUGGGGCCUAAGCUUGGUGCUGCACGGGACUGAAUUUCAUCCUAGAGUACAGGAGGGCUGUGGUCUGCAUGCUGGUCCCAUUACAGACCGUGACUUGCUUUCCUGAGGCCAUGGGCUUGCUCUUCAGCACCGUGCGUGGCUCCGAUCAGUGCAGGCCAUAUGAGAACGCUGGUGUUACUCUGCACUGGCGGGGAGGCGAGAGCAGUGGUAACGGGGCUUAUGGCAAAUCCAGGGGUACAUUGUUCCUUCAGACACAGCCCUGAGCAAGGCGUGUGUAUUGGCGGCACCACCCCAAGAAGAGCCGGGGAGGGAAUCCUAACUCAGAGACCCACCUGUGAGGCAAAGUUCACCCCUGCCUCUCCCUUGCUCAGGGUGAGGGGCAGGAAUUUACUGUUGGUCUCCACCCCUGGACUGUCUCCACUGCUGGCCAAGGGAGUAGGGGCUGGCGCCAAGGCCCCAGGAGACCCCAGGGAUGUGUAGCCCCCACAGGGGGAUUCUUACUCCCCGUGUGCGGGCACACAGGGCUUGCUGCAGUCUAGCCCUCAUGUAGCCCGUUCCACUCACUGCAGCUUGGUUGUCUCCGCUCCAGCUCCUGCUUUGCUAACCCCAAACGAGAGGAUGAAUUGGUCCUGGUUCCAGGACCUCCUGAGCGGGGUGAACAAGUACUCCACGGCCUUCGGGCGCAUCUGGCUCUCCGUGGUCGUGGUCUUCCGCUUCCUGGUCUACGUGGUGGCGGCUGAGCGGGUGUGGAGUGACGACCAGAGGGACUUUGAGUGUAACACACGCCAGCCCGGCUGCUCCAACGUCUGUUAUGACCACUUCUUCCCCGUCUCCCACAUCCGCCUCUGGGCCCUGCAGCUCAUCCUGGUCACCUGCCCCUCCCUGCUGGUGGUCAUGCAUGUGGCCUACCGGGAGGCCAAGCAGAGGAAGCGCCGGGAGGCGGAGGGAGAGAACUGCCGCCGGCUCUACCCCGACCCCGGCAAGAAGCGGGGAGGGCUGUGGUGGACCUACCUGCUCAGCCUUGUCUUCAAAGUUGCUGUGGAUGUGACUUUCCUCUACAUCUUCCACCAGCUCUACGCUAAUUUCAACCUGCCCCGCGUGGUGCGGUGCACUGAGGCCCCCUGCCCCAACACGGUCGACUGCUUCAUCGCCAGGCCCACCAAGAAGAAACUCUUCACCUACUUCAUGGUGGCCACCGCCACCCUGUGCAUCCUUCUCAAUCUCUGUGAGAUGACCUACUGGUCACCAAGCGGUGCUGGGAACUUGCCGCCCGGCGCCAGGGCAGGGAGCAGCUGAGCAAGCCCACAGGCUGCCAUCACUGUGCACAGCAGAAGAACCAUAGUCUUAGUACAACAUCCUCAGGGCAGGCUCCAUUCCGGUCUGUCCCUUUAUACCGCGGGGAGGGUGCUGCUAGUGAAGGGGGAAGAGGCUCCUACCUCAUCUCCUUGCAUUCACAAUCUCUCGCACAGACUCCAUCCUCCAGUGCAAACUUCUCACCAGCUUCAUUCCCUGCAGACUGACCAACAAAGCAAUCAAAGGCUUAUUAGAAACAUUUCUCUAAGGGUUUUCAGUCCAGUGCCCAUUGAAGGCAGGGUCACGCUGUGUAUGAAAAGUACGUUGACAAAUAGCAGAGCCAGUCAGCACUUUCCAAAUUUCUAUUUUUUUUUCAACAACAAAAAAAUGUAAAAGGGAUGAAAUUUGUGAGAAAAUUUGCCUGUUUCUUGAUCAUCUUCAAUAAAUACUUUGCAAAGGGUUGAUAAAUGAUUUGUAGAUGUUCUAGGCAUGGUAUAGACGGAGUCAUGUGUUUUUUAAGUGGACGUAAACACACUAGUGGAAUGUGUCAUGGGUGGUUUGAAGCCAUGUCUAUAAGCAGCUGUUGGACUCAAUAAAGGUCUGUAGACAUUUUAAUAAAUGGUUCCUCGAGUGUCAUAAAUGAUUAUAAAUAGACCUGGAAUAUAAAGUCCUUCUGUGACAAUUUGGGAGCUCUUUCUAUGUACAGUUUAUGAACUCUGUUGAAAUCAUGAACAUUCUUUGGACUGCAAACUCUAUUUUGAAUGUGGGGUUUGGUUGCCUUCUCUGUUGUCCUUUUACCUCCAAGAUGGACUGGGAUUCCAAGGGGUAGUGGCACAAAGCUAACAAUAGAGGGUUGUUAAACCUUGAUGAUACUAUAUUCACAUAGAAGCACCCUAAACAAAAGGCUGGCUCCUACCCAGGAGAAUUGGCUAUCCAGGGAGAGGUCACCUGGUUACAAAGUCACCUGGUAGGGAUCUGUGCUCACCUGUUGAGGCUGAUCAGGAGGUCACCUGACAGAGAUUAUAAAAGGGCAGGAGCUGCUCUAGUCUGGCUCUUCAGCCAUUUCCAACAGCUGAAGAUGAGGGGAGCAGCUGCCAGAACUUGAUGAAGUAGUGGAGAGCCCUGCCCACCUGAACACAGAUGGCCCCCUAAGGUCUCCCAAGAGAAGGGUGAGCCGCAGUGAGGAGCAUUGCAUUCAGGAGGGGGGUUGUUUUCUAAAUGAUAUGUGCUCUCUUGUGCUUUUGCUCUUUACUUAAGAGGUACUGAGUUACAAACCUUUUGCCACACCUGUGUCCAUUUGCUUCUGCUGUCAUGCAUCUCUGCACCCCUGCGGGGCGUUCUGGGGACAGGCAAGAGCUGCUGGGGAGGCGUGGUGUAGAUGGCAUUAGUCUAAGGGCCUAGGCAAUUGGACUGCAGGGGCUCAGUGCUCAAAGAGGUGUCAGGCAUGAGAACCAAAGCCAGGAACAGUGUGUAACCUCUGCCAUCCCCAGCAAGCUAAGGGCAUAUGGGGUUCAGCAUUUAGAUCCCCUUCACAGCAGUCUGGGAAGUGUCUGGGGGUGACACCUUCCACUGUCUUCAAUGGGGCAUGGGGUCGGGCCCAGAGACCUAAUCUGUUUUAUGCAACUUUCAACACCGCACCUGCCAGAUGGUUGCUGCCUCUCAUAGGUUGUGUGAGAUUCUCUGUAUGCCUUGGCCUAGCCAUGGGAUUGGAAGUUGCUUCAUGCACUGAUGAUGGUGCAAAGAUACGGAGAGAGAUGGGGACAGGGAGAGCUGGUAGGUGGAGAUGGGACCCAGUGGGACAAAGGUAGGAUGUUAAUUGCGUGAAGCGCGUGAGACUGACACCCCAGCAACACAGCGUGAAGGUGAUUGGAUGGCAAGGUCACGUCACGUUGCUCAGCUUGUCCCCUGGGUGGAGGAUGUGAUCAGUUUUCCAGGAAGCCAUAGUCACGUUUCUGUGUCUGAAAUUUGCUUUCUCCAAGUAGCCAAAUCCUCAGCUGGUGAUAAUCAGCGUAGCUCCAUUGGCUUCAAGGGACAAUUGAAACCAGUCGAGGAUCUGGCCCAUAAGCGCGAGUACAUUCUUUCCAUGGGCGUUCCUGCUCAUUUGCUAGAACAGUCAUGGAAGGGGAAUCGGCAGAGUUGGAUUUGCUACCUUAGGUUCUUUUCCGGCCCUUCGCAUCUCAGCCUCUCACAAUCUUUUCAGUGUAUUUAUCCUCACAAUACUCCUAGGAGGCAGGGCAGUUCUGUUAUCCCGAUUGUACAUCUGGGCAACUGAGGCACAGAGAGACUAAGGCCCUUUGAGGAUCUGGCCUUAAGAGACUUGCCCAAGGUCCCACAGCGAAAGCUGUAGCAGAGCAGAGACUUGAAUCCUGGUUUGCCAAGUUCUAGGCUACUUCCCUUGCCAUUGGAUCAUCCUUCCUCCAAUGGAAACUGGGUCUCCCAAUCCCUUAGGCAGCUUUGAAAAUCUCAGUCUGAGUAUUCUUAUUCAAGCUAAUAUCAUGGAAACAUUGCUGAUGUGCUAGCCCAUGUCUAAGAGAUGCUCAGUAUAUACAGUCCAGCUGAGCAUCACCUGGAAAUGUGAUCUCCUUAAAGGCAACUCCUUUAAAUAUCAGCUGACAUAAGUCACUCCCAAAAUCAGCUUUACUGUAACUUUAGGAGGUUGAGGGGGGGAGGAUUGUUGUGUUUGGUUUAAAUCAUGAGACAUUUUGACGUUUCCAUUUCACAGGGUUUGAAACAGACCGUUUGGUUUGUUGGGAGUUGUUGGUUUUUUAAAUCUGCAUGGAUUUUUUUCACCUCCAGUGUAAUUGACAACACUGUCAAAAUGAUUAUUGAAAUUCUUUAUUUACUGCCAUAUCAGGUUUUCGGUAAGAGCCAAAUAUCGCUAACAGUUUCAAUUAAAAAGGUGAAAAAUGUCUAAAAAGGCAGCUGUGUUUUGUGAAAUUUUUUUA